AGUUUAUAUUUGAUGUUUGAAUACGCAUUCAUCACUGAUUCCGUACUGACGCAAUUCCGUGCAACUAACCAAAAUCGAAAUUUCAACAGUUGAAACAUUUGGUUCGAGCAGCAUUGAUAAUAAAAUUUUUUCAAAUAUGAUUAAUUUAUUAAAAAAAGAUGAUAGUGUUGCUAUCAUUUUGAACAGCAGUGUCGAUCUGAAAGAUUUCCUCGACGAGGUUAGCCACAUCAUUGGAUCAGCUGAUCGUAUUACAAUCGUGAGGCCUUCGGAAUUUAAAAAUGGAAAUCUCAAGUCAUCGUCUCUGGAUACAGUAUUUUCUUUCACAAAUGUUGAUGAUUAUGUCUCGGAGGUGUUAAAAAUAUUAAAACCAGGAGGUGCACUUGUUCUUUAUCAAGCAAUAGAUCUUGGAAAAAAAGAUGACUCUAGCAACUUGUUUGGGAGCUCUAUUUCGAAAUUGAAAUUAGGUGGUUUCAGUAUUAAAAGCACAACUUCCAAAGCAAUUCCUUCGAACAUGAAAACUGAGGGCCUUUUUCCACAACCGCUUGAUGGAGUUUGUACAAUAAUCGCUGAGAAACCUAACUUUGAGAUUGGCUCGUCAGUUAAAUUGAACCUUGCCCAACCAGCUUCGAAUGUUUGGAAAAUUGAUGAUGUAGUGGAGGAUGAUCUGAUAGACGAGGACAAUCUAUUGGAAGAAGAUGAUAUAGUGAGACCUGAAGCAGCUUCUCUAAGAGUGUGCGGUACAACAGGGAAACGCAAAGCAUGUAAGGAUUGCUCGUGCGGAUUAGCUGAAGAAUUGAACGGAGGAAAGCCACAACCGAAAACCGCUAAUUCAUCAUGUGGAAACUGUUACCUUGGAGAUGCAUUCCGCUGUGCGAGUUGUCCGUAUCUCGGAAUGCCAGCGUUCAAGCCAGGCGAGAAGGUGGUACUACCGGAGGGGCAAUUGGCAGCGGAUAAUUAGUGGGAACUCGAGGCCAGCGUUGAAUUUUUCUUCGUUAUAAUAACUUCGCUCUAAUUCCACUCCUAACUUCGAUAUUUUCACAAGGAUCCUUUGUGUUUUUUCCGGUUUCGAAGAUGAAAUAUGAUUGAUAGUAAGAAAAAACCGAUGUAUUAAUAAGAUAUAGACCCAUUUUAUUUGAUAAUCAUAUACAAUGUACAUCAUCUUUAUUCAUUCGUUCGUGUGAGGUCAGAUAAACAUUGCAUUAAAUUUGA